AUGGGCGACUACAAAUACGGCAUCGUCGUGGACCUGGGCCUGCUGGGACUGCGGGCACAGAUCUACAGGUGGGAGGAUCCCGGACAUUUGAAAGAUCUGGCUCUGGAGGAAACCUUGAGGUCUCCUCCCAAGAUCGCUCAAGAACAAGGAUGGAGCCAUAAGAUCACGCCUGGGGCGUCGACUUUUGGAGAAAAACCAGGCAAGAUCUGGAAGCAGCACUACAAGAAGCUCAUGAAGUUUGCUGAGGGCGUCAUUCCGAAGGACAAGUGGCACGACACGCCUGUUUACGUGUUGGCUACAGCAGGCAUGAGACUUUUGCCUGAACAACAGCAGGAGAAGAUUCUUUCUGAGACGUGUAAGGCGCUUCAGAAACACACAGACUUUAAGAUUGGCUCGUGUUCAGAGCAUGUGCAAGUGAUUGACGGUGCCACGGAGGGCAUUUAUGGCUGGUUGGCCUUGAACUACCUUAUGGGCAAAUUCGACAACUACGAUCUUCAGGCCCAGGACCACGAGCUGGUGGGGUUCAUGGACAUGGGUGGCGCUUCUACACAAGUGGCGUUUGUGCCAGCCCAGGACGAAAUCGCCAAGCACGACGAGGACUUGUUCAAAGUGAUUCUACGCAACCAGAACGGUGAUCUCCAGAACUGGAGGGUGUUCACGGGCACGUGGCUCGGUUUUGGUGCCAACCAGGCCAGGAAGCGUCACUUGGACCAUUUGAUCUCGCUUCUCUUGUCGUCGAAUGUGAAGUAUUCGGGGAACAAGGUCAAUGAUCCAUGUUUGCCCAAUGGCGCCGAAAUCCCUGAUUACACUUACAACAACAAGAAGUACGUGAUCAAGGGCACGGGCAACUACGAGGUGUGUCUCAGAGAAAUCUACCCUUUGCUUAUGAAGCAUAUGCCGUGUACCGAAGAGCCCUGUCUUUUCAACGGCAUGCACGCACCAAAGAUGAAUUUCGAAAAGGACAAGUUUGUGGGCGUAUCGGAAUACUGGUACACGGCCAACGACAUUUUCCACAGUGGUGGCGAGUACAACUUCCACAGCUUCAACGACAAGGUGAGAGAAUACUGUGAGAGCAGCUGGGACACUAUUCUCUCCAAUUCUAAAAACGGCGAGUACCUGAACUUGAAGGAGCCUUUCUUGCUUGACGCCUGUUUCAAGGCUUCCUGGGUGAUCAAUGUCUUGCACGAAGGAUUCGGUCUUCCCCGUUUGGGAUUGGAGGUUGAGCCUCAGGACGAUAAAGAAACCAGCGAGAUGAAGGAGGUUGAGGGAAUUCAUGUACCAUUCAAAUCGGCAGAUUCCAUCGAAGGAGAAGAGCUUUCAUGGACAUUGGGUAAGGCUCUUCUUGUGGCGUCGUCUCAGGUGGACUACAAGAAAGGCGCUGAACCCGUCGGCAUUACAGGAAGCGCCAUGUCUUUGAAGACGGGCUUUGACAGCGACAUCGACGGCAUCCACUCGUCCGCACUCUUCUAUUUAUUCUUCUUCUUGCUACUUGUCGCUUUCGGCUUCAUGGGCAGGAAACUUGGAUACCUGAAAGCGGCCAAGAAGUUCAUACCUACUCGUGUUCCUGGACCAGUAACUCGCGUUCUCACUGCUGCUAGGAAUAAGAGUCCACCAGAGCUCCAGCGCUACUUCAACUCGGCGCUUAGCUACAUAAAGCUCCAGGAACAAGAGGACAUUAACAUUGACUUGGAAGGCGGCAGACACUUUAGCUCUUCAUCGCCAGUACCUAGUGAUGGUUCCUCCUUGAGGACCAGAUCCACGAUCAACUUGGGUGAUUUAGACGAAGCGCCACAUCAGGUCGAGUUUUUUAACAAACCAUUCAUGAACCCAAAGAAAGGACCGAUUUAUGGCCACCGCAAUGAGAGCAGAGACUCGAUUCACCGUGUGUCCAGUCUUGGAUCCAUGAAGGGCAGGCCAGAAACUGCUUUGAUGAACUUUUAUAGACUAUUUUUGCUUGUUACUUUGGCCAUUGCCUUGCCCCUUGGGAGAUUCAAGGCUCAGGAGGUUACAAGGCCGGUGCCUGUGAUUGUGCCAGAGGCCACUAAGGAGGCUGCUGUACAGAAACAGUCAGUGGCAAGGAUGGACACGGCGUGGGCUUCUUUCAUUCGGAACGCCAAGACGGCGAAAAGCGUUUUGAAGGCCGAGGUGAAGGAGCAUUUCGUGGAGAAACCAAAGGCAGUGAUUCAGGGUUUGAUCGAUGAAGCGACUGCCGACCAAAGCACCAUCAGAGUCGCCGGUGAGUUCGAUCCUUACGAAUCAGAAGGUGAAAGUGAGGACGAAGAGUCCGAUCUGGACUCUGAUGGGGAGGAACCUUUUGUUACUACCCGCAAGUCACUGCCCUCCUACCUCAAAGCGAACAUGAGGGACUUCUCGUACCAGCCAUACGUCCGCGCCCGGCCACCGCCAUCCAGGCUGAUAUAUGACAAGAGGCAUUUCUACAAGAAAAGAGAAUUGCUUUAUGAAAACUUAUAG